AUGUUGGCAGCAAUUUUUCAAACCUCCAUCGAUAGUGGAUGUACACCAUCUAAAUGGAAACAUGCUAAUGUGUGUGGUGUGCAUAAGAAUGAUCCCAAAUCAGAUCCCGCAAAUUACAGACCUAUUUCACUAACCUGCAUAUCAUCAAAGGUCCUCGAACAUAUUAUUCAUAGUCACGUGAUGAAACACCUAGAACAACACGCGAUGCUCACAGAUGUACAACAUGGAUUCAGAGCAAGACGAUCCACAGUAACGCAAUUAAUCCCGGCGGCGAUUCAUGAUAUGGCCAAGGCGAUCCAAGACAAUAAGUCGAUUCAUGCCGCAGUAUUAGACUUUAGCAAGGCCUUCGAUAAAGUUCCUCACAAACUUCUUAUUAUUAAGUUACAGUAUUAUGGAAUCCAUGGAUCCCUGCUUCGUUGCUUUGAGUCAUUCAUAACUAACCGUUCUCAAACAGUGGUGUGUGAAGGCAAGCAUUCCCACCCUACCCAGAUAACAUCUGGAGUUCCGCAGGGAACUGUGUUCGGACCACUUUUAUUUUUAUUAUACGUAAACGAUCUGCCGGACAAUCUGAAGUCCCAAAUCAGACUUUUCGCCGAUGAUGCGUUACUAUAUGGCGUAAUGUCAAAUGAGGAGAAUGGUGACCAACUCCAGGAAGAUUUACAACAACUCGAAGAGUGGCAAAAUAAGUGGCAAAUGUCAUUUAAUCCUUCUAAGUGUAAAACGAUCUGUAUUUCUACCAAGAAAACACCACCCCAGAGGGUAUAUUCCUUCUGUGGGGUCAAACUGGAACAAGUUGAAUCGAUGUCAUACUUGGGAGUCACUUUUAAUGAUGAUUUGAAGUGGUCCAAUCAUGUCUCUACUAUCCCUAGUAAAGCAAGCAGAGUCUUAGGAAUGAUGAAAAGAAAUCUUUGGAACUGCCCUAAAAAAGUGAAAGAAAUUGCAUACACGGCAAUUGUACGCCCAAAACUUGAAUACGCGUGUGCUGCUUGGGAUCCCUAUCUUCAAAAGGACAUCGCUUCUCUUGAGAGAGUUCAGAGAAAAGCAGCACGGUUUUGUAGCAACAAUUAUCAGGGAUGCCGGAACUGGGGGGACAGGGGGGACGGCUGCCCCCCCCUGCCUUUUGCUAGGGGGGCAGGGGGGGGGGCAAAAGUGCCCCGUUUAGUUGUAAAAUUUUACGUGAUAAAUCACAUUUCCAACGAUGCUUUUUGUAGGAAAAUCAUGAGUUUCAGGCAAUUUAUAGUUAAUAUUUGCCUUUUGUUAUGUCCGAAAAAAAGUUUUGAUCCCUAAAAUGGUACACUGACCAAAUCAUCGGAAUCAUCGUUCCGGCGUCCCUGUAUUUCUCUGUUCGCUAGAAGUUCAAACCCAUGUGAGGUAUGAUUAGUUAGACACUUAAAAACAAAUAAACAUUUAUGAUACAAUCUGCGUUGUUCAAGAGUGGUCCAGCGUAAAGCGUCUAACACGUCUGCUGCCGAUGAAAAAAUGGUCUAUCUAAAACAAUCUUGGCGGCUUUUUUCUGGAGUAUCUGAAGAUAGUUCAUUAACAUUGUAUUAUUUUUGCCUCCCCAUAUAACAUCCGCAUAGUCAAAGAUUGGGAGUACGAGACUGUUAUAAAAAAGGAUUCGUGCAUUAAAUUGUAGCAGGUGUUUAAUCCUACGAAGUAGACCUAGGCGUUGAUUGACUUUAGCGGAAAUGCGAUCUAUAUGUUCUGACCAGGUGAAAUUGGCUGUGAUGGUGACUCCUAAGUACUUGAAAUUGCUGGCGUUGGAGACUUACAGACUGAUAGACACAGAUAUCGACGAUAUAUUACAUAACUUCCUAUCGCUGCCUAUAAUCAUUGAUCGAGUUUUAUUUAAAUUCAGUGUCAGCUUAUUCUCAUUUAACCAAAUCGCUAACUUGAGUAAAUCUUCAUUAAGAUUUUUUUCAAGAUCAUUGACAUCUGAGGCGUAG